ACCCGGCGAUCUUUUUUUUUUUUUUUUUCUUUUCGUGGUUGCUCAUAUGGGCUCGUAGCGGCGCACGACAGACAGCAAACACCCGACCGCCGGAAACCGUGACUGACAGCCAAGCAAAGACAAGUCAACUUUUACUCCGCACCAAGGGUAGCUCUGUUGUUGUAGUCAGCUCCUCCGUAAACAUAUCCUCUGCGCAAAAACCAGCCCAAUCCUCCAUCUUCCCGCCUGGAAUGUGGCUGCAAUCGUCGCUCCGGGGUCUGGCCCUUAUCCAGGCCCUGGCGCUACCCUCGAUUGUAGCAUCGCAGCAACCUUUUAUGCCGGCGGCAACGCCGUAUCCCGGCCCGCCUCCCGCGCUCGUUUCGUUACACGAGAAACGGCAAAACGGUUGCGUCGAGAACACUUAUAGCUGCGCGGACCGGGGUUCGCAGUUCAACAACAUCUGCUGCGGUAACGGGCUCGUCUGCUCAUUAGAUGCGGCCAACCAGCCAGCGUGCUGUCCUCAAGGAGCGGUAUGCACAGGCACAGCACCAGCGAGUUUCCAACCGCCAGCCGCGAGCGCCUCCUUCGUCUCGAACCAGUUCUUCCCCUUUGCGUACAUAACGACCAGCUUCUCCAACAAGGCGGCCUGUGAGACGGCGGUAUCGCAGUGCAGCCGAAACUACGACGCCUGCACCUCUCAGCUCAACAACAACGGCCAAGCCGGCGGCAACGGCGUUACUAUCAUCGUUCCGGGAGGAUCAGGCACCACGAUCGGCGUCUCGAGGCAGAACCUGGGUCCGAGCUCGGCGACGAGCAUCUGCGGCUCGCUUAGCAGCCAGGCCUGCUUUGGCAUCCAGCCGACAGUCUGCAGCAGCCAAGGCACGGUCAACAAUGGGCAGUUCUUCGUGGGGAGCGCCAAUGCUGGCCCGGCCAGGCCCACACCGCCUCCGGCGUUGCUUCUGGGCGUUGGGCUGGGAGUGAUGGGCAUUUUGUGAUGGGAAAUCGUACUCCGUACAUAUUCUUUCGGAAAGGGGAGUUUGGGUUAUGAGAACUGCCAUAUACGUUGGGAUUUCUCAUUUAUUUCUUUUAUGCAGCCGUUUGCCAAAUGCAAGGCGGCCUCACGACGAUCAUGACAGGUUUGGAAUUCUUUGUUUGGAUUUUGCCGGCUACCUUGAUCGAGCUAGUGAGCAUUUCCAGUUGCGAAAUAUUACGGACACUUUUAUCCUAGAUAAUUAGGCACGCGGAGUGCGUAGGGCGUAGGGCGGAGCUUGCACGCGAUGUAUCAAAGCCACAGUCUGUGUGUAGCAGUCCGUGAAGAGCGUUUGGACGAGAUGACUCCCGUCAUUCGGCGUGCAGUGACUCUCAGAUGACACAAAUUUAAUUUAUUUUAGAAUUAGUCACC